AUGUCGAGUAACUACAAGCUCUAUGAAUAUGACCCCUCUGUCGGCGCUGCUAUUGUCUCUGCCGGACUGUUCGCCGCAACCUCCAUGGUGCAUCUUUUCCAGAUGAUCCGCAGGCGGACAUGGUGCUUUGUACCAUUUGUUCUUGGUGGAUUCUUUGAAACAUUCGGAUACAUCGCCCGUUACUUCAGCGCCAGAGAGACCCCAGAUUGGACCGUGAAGCCCUACGUCGGACAAGAACUGCUGCUUCUUCUAGCUCCGGCUCUCUUCUCCGCCUCCAUCUACAUGAUCCUGGGCCGAAUCAUCCGCCUCCUCGACGGCCACACAUACUCGCUAAUCCGGCCAUCAUGGCUGACCAAGAUAUUCGUAACCGGCGAUGUGCUCUCAUUCUUCAUCCAAAGUGGCGGCGGCGGCAUAAUGGCAUCUGAGAAGACCCCCAGCAAGGUCUCCUUGGGCAAUAACAUCAUCGUGGUCGGUCUUAUCGUUCAGUUGGUCUUUUUCGGCUUCUUCAUCAUUGUCACUGUGGUCUUUCAUCGCCGUAUGGCUGCUUCGCCGACUGAAGUGUCCGUGAUAAUCACACAGUGGCACACCUAUAUGCGCAUCUUGUAUGCGGCUAGUGUUCUCAUCAUGGUGCGGUCCGUCUAUCGUGUGCUGGAGUAUCUGCAGGGUUCGGAGGGAGGUUUGAAACAAAAUGAGAUGUUCCUUUAUAUUUUUGAUGCUCUGUUAAUGUUUUCGUGUUGUGUUUUGUUCAAUGUCAUGCACCCGAAUCGUAUACUCUCAGCUCGUCCGGAGGCUUACGACAAGAUGAUGGAAGUGGAGGAGGAUCAGGUGGAGAUGCUGCGACGAAGACGUUGA